AUGGAAGACACACCUGUAGCUGGAUACUCUAUUCCAAAAGGUAGUCACGUAUUAUUGAGUCGUAUAGGUCUUGGUCGAAAUCCGAGAAUAUGGGAAGAGCCUUUGAAGUAUAAGCCUGAGCGUCACCUCAAAGAUGAUGGCUCAGAUGUUGUUCUUGUUGAUUCUGAAUUGAACAUGUUAUCGUUUAGCACUGGAAAGCGAGGAUGUGCAGGUGUUGUGCUUGGUUCUACCAUGACCACAAUGUUAUUUGCUAGACUUCUUCAUGGUUUCACUUGGAACGCCCCACCUGAUGAGCCAAUUAUUGACUUAACUGAGUCUGAGUGUGAUACCUUGCGUGCCAAGCCAUUGUUUGCACUAGCAAAACCCCGAUUGCCUUCAAACGUUUAUCAGCAACUUCAAAAUUAA